AUGGACUUUUUUUGGUUAUAUUUAAAAGUAGCAAUAAAUAAUUCGUAUUGUUUUUUUACCUACGCUUUUUAUUCCUUUAAAACUUUAAUAACCGUUGGUUCCUUUUUAUUUGGAAAUGGGCGCAUGGCCCUUUUUAUAAAGCGUUUGGAAACGACGGCUAUAACGUUAGCGGUAUUUUUUUGCGAUUUCGUAAAAUUCGAAAAUGGACGUUACGUAUGCGUAGCACGUUUGCGGCGUAAAAAUUCUUUAAUUGCAAAGGUUAAAACCGUAUUUUUUGGGAAAAAUUAUAACGUAAUUAAUAUAAAGAAAAAUUUUUUAAAUAAUUUCCAACGGUUUUUUUCCAAAGAUUUUUUUAAUUUUUUUGCACUUUUCGUUGUUUGGCUUAUUACGAAAGCGUUUAAAAUUGCCGGUAAGCACGUAAACGAGCUUUUAACAAUUUUCCGGUUUUUAAAAAUGGUUUUAAAUGCAAACCGGGCAUUCGUACGUUAUUGCGUUAUUUCGUUAAAUGCUUUUAACUUUUUCGUUUUUAUUUUUAAAUGCGCUUUUAAAAUUGCCCGUAGCUACUUUUUAACGGUAACGCUUUGCUUAAAAAGGGUUAAAGCGCUUUAUGUGCUUAAAAAAGUUAAGCAUAAGCGUAAAGCCUUGUACUUUAAAAACGUUUUUAAUUUUGGCUUAAAUAAAAAUCGCUUAAAAUUUCGGAAAUUACUAAUUAAUAUUUGUAAUGCUAGCGGCCUUUUUAAGCAUGUUGCGGUAUUUUUAAAAAAUUAUUUAAAUUUUUAUUAUGGAGCUUUUAAUUGCGCGUUUGCAAGCGCGAUAAGGUCCACGAAAAAAUUAAUCCAUUUAAAAAAGGUUGUAAUUUUUUUCGAAGCGGUUUUGCUCGCGGUAUCCUUUGCUUUAAGCGCUUUUUUAUGCUUGGUUUUAAAAUUACCUUUGCGCCGUAAAUUACGUAAGCCAUUGCUUUUAAUUUUUAAGCAACGUUAUUACGAAAAGGUUGUUAUUCGUGCUACUUAUAAUUGGUAA